AACCCCCGCGCGACACCGUCGCUAUGGUCGCCCCGCCGCAGCUUCGAAGCCUUCUGCUGGCUGUCAACGCACUGUUGCGCAAGCGUCGCUACCACGCUGCGCUGGCCGUGCUUAAAGGCUUCCGGAACGGGGCAGUCUAUGGAGCCAAAAUCCGGGCCCCUCACGCACUGGUCAUGACCUUUCUCUUUCGGAGUGGCAGCCUCCGGGAGAAGCUUCGGGCCAUCCUGCAGGCCACAUACACCCACUCUUCUAAUCUGGCCUGCUUCGUGUUCACCUACAAGGGGCUCUGCGCCCUGCAGUCCCACCUGCAGGGUGAGACCUGCCAGGUGCACUCAUUCCUGGCUGCCUUCAUUGGGGGCUUUCUGGUGUUUGGAAAUAACAAUAACAUCAACAGCCAGAUCAACAUGUACCUGUUGUCACGUGUCCUGUUUGCCCUGUGCCGCCUGGGAAUAAAGAAGGGCUACAUUCCUGAACCCAAGUGGGACCCAUUCCCAUUGUUCAGCUCGGUAGUGUGGGGGCUGGUGCUGUGGCUCUUUGAGUACCACCGGCCCACUCUGCAGCCCUCGCUGCAGUCCUCCAUGACCUACCUGUACGAGGACAGCAAUGUGUGGCACGACAUCUCAGACUUCCUCAUCUACAACAAGAGCCGUCCCUCGAAGUAACGCGGCCCUGGAGUGCUUAUGGGCGCUUCUACCUGAGUAGGCUCUGGGCGUGUCCAGCUGUGGUUUGAGAUUGGCUCCAUCAGUGAAACCUUUAUCAGUGAAACCUCAAGAUCAUGGCUCUCAGGCUUCAACUUUUAUUAUCCCAGGGUUCCGUUGUCCAAAGCAAAAGCACCACUUUCAAAUCCCAUUAGGUACUCUUGAAUGGCGGAACAAGUGGCCGAAUAAGGAUGAGGAGCCUUGGGCAUGGUUUCAGCUGUACUGCUAACUUCUGUGAGACCAGGAAAAGUCACCCUCUUCUCUAGGCCUCAGGGGUUAGAGAAGGGCCCCGAAAUCUCUUUCUGGUGGAGCUCAGAGGAGGGCCCCGAAAUCUCUUUCUGGUGGGUAUGUUCUUUGGCUGCUCUUAUGCUGGUGGGUAG